CGAUAUGUUGUUGUAGGGUCGUGCGCAGAUAUAUACAUAUAUAUUAUAUAUACGUUGGUACGCUGUGCGGGUGAGUAGCUGGUGAUUAAUUAAUUACUUAAUCGCCAUGGCUGAUCAGAAACUCGAAUUGAGAAUAUGCGACGAAACGGAGCAGGAGAUGGAGAAUGGAAAGACCAGCGCAAAUGGCUUCGAGUACACAGCUGCUUCGACCGAGGGAGUUGGAUGCUGCGGAUGGGUGCUCACCAUCCUCUCCUAUCUCGUCAUCGGUAUCACGCUGCCGUUCUCUCUCUGCUUCACUCUGAAGGUAUUUUCUUCGUUGUUCCAUGCACUGAUGAAUACAAGAAAGUAGAUCUUCGGACCAUGUCUUUUGAUGUCCCACCCCAGGAGAUUCUGAGCAAGGACUCGGUGACGGUCGCCGUGGACGCCGUCAUCUACUUCCGCAUCAAGAACGCGACGGCGAGUAUCGUCAACGUCAGCAACGCGAAUGCGUCGACUCGUCUGCUGGCCGCGACUACCCUCAGGAACGUGCUCGGCACAAAGACCAUGGCUGAGAUCCUGUCUGAUCGCGAACACAUAAGCCACACCAUGCAGUCUAUUCUGGAUGAGGCCAGCGAUCCGUGGGGCAUUCUGGUGGAGAGAGUAGAGAUAAAGGACGUGAGGCUCCCGGUGCAGCUUCAGCGUGCGAUGGCUGCGGAGGCUGAGGCAGCGAGAGAGGCUCGUGCAAAGGUGAUCGCCGCUGAGGGAGAGCAGCGGGCCGCGAGGGCGCUCAGGGAGGCGGCUGACGUCAUGGGGGAGUCCUCGGGCGCCAUGCAGCUGAGAUACCUGCAGACGCUGAACUCGAUUUCGGCCGAGAAGAAUUCAACCAUCAUCUUCCCGAUUCCCAUCGAGAUGAUGUCCACCAUGUACAACAAAGAAAAGUCAUCAAAGUAAUGGAACAUUGAAGUUCUCGAUGGUGAUUCUGGGAAUCCUCCAGUAGCAUACCAAUUUUUAUCGACUAUAAAGUUCGAGGGUGGGGGGGUGGGGGACCACAGAGCCACACUGGAUUGAAAUGAUAGCUCAUUCUCAACAUGUUUUUUAUUGCAUUAAAAGGUUAAAUAAAUAAAUGAGUAAUAAAUGAAUAAAUACGGGGAGUAGUUUAGUAUUUAAUGACUUUUUAAAAUGAAAUUGCUAAUUUCAGAAAGAUUUGAUUGCUUUUCAAAUACAGAAAGUCAAGUGCGUUUGGUAUAUGGGAGACUAUCCUGACUUUCUAAUAUUGAUUGAACUUGCAGGGGAUACAUAGAAUGAACACAGAACACAUAUUCACACAAGUAACACACACACACAUACACAUGGGCCCCUACACCAACAAACAGGCACGCACGCACGCACGCACGCACGCACGCACGCACGCACGCACGCACGCACGCACGCACGCACGCAGGCAGGCAGGCAGGCAGGACACUUGUGUACAAGUGAGUGAAAGUUGUAUGUUCUAGUUGUAUCUAUCAGUAUAUAAUGAUUGUAGAAUUUAUCGUUAGUGUUACUGUUGUGCGUACUUGCCUCAGCCUGCUAACUCCAGGAACCAUCCACUCGUUUGAUUUUAUUGUUCCUGAAUGUAUACUACGUGAGAUUGGUUGUGUUUAUCGAACAUGGGUAAACGUGUUAACUCGACCAUCGGUACUUUAUUCAUACUGAUCAUCGACGAUGGGUUAUGAACCGAUAUCGUGGUUUCUUCAUUUGAGAUCUUGGUGAGCACGAUAGCGCACACGUGGAAACAUAGGAUUCUAUUUUAUAGCUAGUUAGUAGUUCCACUGCAAUGCAGAAAAUUUUCAGGAAGUUAGGUAUUUCGUUGAAUCGCAAUUCCUCUGUGGUAUAACACCGUUUUUUAGUCGGAUUUUUGUCAAAUGUGAACACUCGUUGAUCCGUGAUUAUUACGAAACAUGGUCAUAAUCUAGUUUAAGUUAGCAGGCAGACAUUGUAUACUGUUUUCGAUUUUUAACUGUAGUUUUUAAUGCAUUUUUAAAUGUUUUCCCUAGAGAGAUUGAUGUACCAGAGGUGUGUCUUAACCUAGGGCCGUAUUCAAAGGGUCUGCCAUCCGAUGGAAUUGUAAAUUUCUGUAUGGUCGCUGUGUAAAUGCAAAUGUUUUAGCUCUCACCUUAUCUUAGUGUGAUGCUGCUUGCAUGAGCACUUUCAUUGGUUUUCUCGUUUAUUGAUCAUUUGUCUAAAUGCUCGCUAUUUAUUUGAGCUUAUUUGUUCACUUAUUGACCUCUAGUCGUUCGAGUAUUGCUACUAAUUUAUCACGUGUAGUUGGUCUGCAGCAGUUGUCAGUAUUGUAAGGUAAGGAGAGUACGUGGCGUAUAUUUGCUGUUUUCGUGUUCGGCUAACAGCCUUCGUGCACAUGUAGCGCGUUGUCCAAUUUAGAUUAAGCCAUAUGGAAAGUGUAUUGUGUGUGAUGAUGUCAAGUAUAAUUACUAUGCGUCCUUUCAUAAUUGCUGUCAUAGGGCUUGAUCAUGUAUGAUCUUUAGUGCCACGCCACGCACGCACGCACGCACGCACGCACGCACGCACGCAUGUGUAGGGGGCUAAGUGCUAGCAUGAGUUUAGGUGGGCUAUACACUGACAUGGUGGACAAUCUAUAAUCUACGAGUGAUUGGCGAUGCCUCGUGUAGAGUCGACUAGGAAAACCAAAACUAGAAAAACAAGUAGAAAAUGCUCGUUCCUCCUGACACAAAUUCAUACUCUGAUGUCAGCAUUGUGAUGGGGCGUGUGUGCACGUAGGUUUAGCAGUAUCGUCAUGUGUUUCAUUUUCAUUAUACUGUAGCUCGAGAUGUGAAUGUUGAAGUUCCAUAUUAAGACUAAGUACGUGUCAUAAUCAGAUUUGUAUUUUACCAAAAAGAGUAUAUAUAUUACGUGGUACAGUAUGUUAUAAGUCCAUCCAAUGUAUGUUUAUAAUUUUGGUCCUCAAGUCGAUCAAAUUCCCUUUUAACGAAGUGCAUCUUCAGAAUUUCUGUCAGUUGAUUAGUUGUUUUAAAUUGACUACGUCACGAAUUUUCUAUGGUGUAUAUUUGUUGCAAUUUUUGUUGCAUUUUUUUUUACAUUAAAAGCAAGUACUAACAGGACUAAAUGUAUCCUCAAAUUCUUACCUGAUGAGAUUGUUUCUCAACUAGUUAAAAAUCCAAAAAACCUGGGCGAUUUGAUAUAUUUAUCAUGACAUUAAAUGCUUGCUAUGGGCUAUGUAUGAGUCAUGAGUAUUUGUUCACAUUGAAUGGAAUAGCAAAAUAGGAAGUAUAAUGCAGCAAUUUAACCAUAAAAAGUGAACAAAAUCACUUACAUUUUGUGAAAAAGUGGACAAUUUGUUUACUUACACUAUUUACAGUGACGUAAUCACUUUAAACACCACCUACAGUAUGUUGCGUGCCUGUUCAACUGAACAGAAGAAAUACCCCCCAAAACAGCAGUUUACCUGAACAACUAUUUCAACGUCGACUGCAGUGUAAACGCCAUUGUUGACCUAUAUAUAAGGACUAACCUUCACAAUUCAAUUGUGUAGUUUCGUAGGGGUUUGGGCAGAGUUCGUUUUAUUUUCGUAUACGUCACUAAGUAAGAAUAUAUUCUAGUUUUAAAGCAUGCAGUUAGAAGACAUGUGGUCUGUAGUCGUCCAUGCACUUACAUGUACCAUCAACGAUAAAAAUGUUAUAAUGAAAAUAGAACUUGUUUUGGUAAUUGUAAUAAAAUGUUGGUGAUCAUUUUACCUGCCGGUUUCUCUCGCGUGAUAUUUCCACACAGUGACACUGCAAAUUUGGCCUUUGAUAUUUCAUGCGGUAUUUAAUGUUUAAGUGUACUUAUACUUGUGAUUUAAAGUACGAAUAAAGUUUAUUUUCGUUUUUUCAAAUUUAA